AUGGCAAUGUCCAAUUGGCUGGAAAGCAUGGAGUUCAUUCCCACUUACCUCACCUCACCCCAUCUCCCACUUACCUCACCUCAUCCCAUCUCCCACAUACCUCACCUCAUCCCAUCUCCCACAUACCUCACCUCAUCCCAUCUCCCACAUACCUCACCUCAUUCCAUCUCCCACAUACCUCACCUCAUCCCAUCUCCCACAUACCUCACCUCAUCCCAUCUCCCACAUACCUCACCUCAUCCCAUCUCCCACAUACCUCACCUCAUCCCAUCUCCCACAUACCUCACCUCAUCCCAUCUCCCACUUACCUCACCUCAUCCCAUCUCCCACAUACCUCACCUCAUCCCAUCUCCCACAUACCUCACCUCAUCCCAUCUCCCACAUACCUCACCUCAUCCCAUCUCCCACAUACCUCACCUCAUCCCAUCUCCCACAUACCUCACCUCAUCCCAUCUCCCACAUACCUCACCUCAUCCCAUCUCCCACAUACCUCACCUCAUCCCAUCUCCCACAUACCUCACCUCAUCCCAUCUCCCACAUACCUCACCUCAUCCCAUCUCCCACAUACCUCACCUCAUCCCAUCUCCCACUGACCUCACCUCAUCCCAUCUCCCACAUACCUCACCUCAUCCCAUCUCCCACUUACCUCACCUCAUCCCAUCUCCCACAUACCUCACCUCAUCCCAUCUCCCACAUACCUCACCUCAUCCCAUCUCCCACAUACCUCACCUCAUCCCAUCUCCCACAUACCUCACCUCAUCCCAUCUCCCACAUACCUCACCUCAUCCCAUCUCCCACAUACCUCACCUCAUCCCAUCUCCCACUUACCUCACCUCAUCCCAUCUCCCACAUACCUCACCUCAUCCCAUCUCCCACAUACCUCACCUCAUUCCAUCUCCCACAUACCUCACCUCAUCCCAUCUCCCACAUACCUCACCUCAUCCCAUCUCCCACAUACCUCACCUCAUCCCAUCUCCCACUUACCUCACCUCAUCCCAUCUCCCACAUACCUCACCUCAUCCCAUCUCCCACAUACCUCACCUCAUCACAUCUCCCACAUACCUCACCUCAUCCCAUCUCCCACAUACCUCACCUCAUCCCAUCUCCCACAUACCUCACCUCAUCCCAUCUCCCACUUACCUCACCUCAUCCCAUCUCCCACAUACCUCACCUCAUCCCAUCUCCCACAUACCUCACCUCAUUCCAUCUCCCACAUACCUCACCUCAUCCCAUCUCCCACAUACCUCACCUCAUCCCAUCUCCCACAUACCUCACCUCAUCCCAUCUCCCACAUACCUCACCUCAUCCCAUCUCCCACAUACCUCACCUCAUCCCAUCUCCCACUUACCUCACCUCAUCCCAUCUCCCACAUACCUCACCUCAUCCCAUCUCCCACAUACCUCACCUCAUUCCAUCUCCCACAUACCUCACCUCAUCCCAUCUCCCACAUACCUCACCUCAUCCCAUCUCCCACAUACCUCACCUCAUCCCAUCUCCCACUUACCUCACCUCAUCCCAUCUCCCACAUACCUCACCUCAUCCCAUCUCCCACAUACCUCACCUCAUCCCAUCUCCCACAUACCUCACCUCAUCCCAUCUCCCACUUACCUCACCUCAUCCCAUCUCCCACAUACCUCACCUCAUCCCAUCUCCCACAUACCUCACCUCAUCCCAUCUCCCACAUACCUCACCUCAUCCCAUCUCCCACAUACCUCACCUCAUCCCAUCUCCCACUUACCUCACCUCAUCCCAUCUCCCACAUACCUCACCUCAUCCCAUCUCCCACAUACCUCACCUCAUCCCAUCUCCCACAUACCUCACCUCAUCCCAUCUCCCACAUACCUCACCUCAUCCCAUCUCCCACAUACCUCACCUCAUCCCAUCUCCCACUUACCUCACCUCAUCCCAUCUCCCACAUACCUCACCUCAUCCCAUCUCCCACAUACCUCACCUCAUCCCAUCUCCCACAUACCUCACCUCAUCCCAUCUCCCACAUACCUCACCUCAUCCCAUCUCCCACAUACCUCACCUCAUCCCAUCUCCCACAUACCUCACCUCAUCCCAUCUCCCACAUACCUCACCUCAUCCCAUCUCCCACAUACCUCACCUCAUCCCAUCUCCCACUUACCUCACCUCAUCCCAUCUCCCACAUACCUCACCUCAUCCCAUCUCCCACAUACCUCACCUCAUUCCAUCUCCCACAUACCUCACCUCAUCCCAUCUCCCACAUACCUCACCUCAUCCCAUCUCCCACAUACCUCACCUCAUCCCAUCUCCCACUUACCUCACCUCAUCCCAUCUCCCACAUACCUCACCUCAUCCCAUCUCCCACAUACCUCACCUCAUCACAUCUCCCACAUACCUCACCUCAUCCCAUCUCCCACAUACCUCACCUCAUCCCAUCUCCCACAUACCUCACCUCAUCCCAUCUCCCACUUACCUCACCUCAUCCCAUCUCCCACAUACCUCACCUCAUCCCAUCUCCCACAUACCUCACCUCAUUCCAUCUCCCACAUACCUCACCUCAUCCCAUCUCCCACAUACCUCACCUCAUCCCAUCUCCCACAUACCUCACCUCAUCCCAUCUCCCACAUACCUCACCUCAUCCCAUCUCCCACAUACCUCACCUCAUCCCAUCUCCCACUUACCUCACCUCAUCCCAUCUCCCACAUACCUCACCUCAUCCCAUCUCCCACAUACCUCACCUCAUUCCAUCUCCCACAUACCUCACCUCAUCCCAUCUCCCACAUACCUCACCUCAUCCCAUCUCCCACAUACCUCACCUCAUCCCAUCUCCCACUUACCUCACCUCAUCCCAUCUCCCACAUACCUCACCUCAUCCCAUCUCCCACUUACCUCACCUCAUCCCAUCUCCCACAUACCUCACCUCAUCCCAUCUCCCACUUACCUCACCUCAUCCCAUCUCCCACAUACCUCACCUCAUCCCAUCUCCCACAUACCUCACCUCAUCCCAUCUCCCACAUACCUCACCUCAUCCCAUCUCCCACAUACCUCACCUCAUCCCAUCUCCCACUUACCUCACCUCAUCCCAUCUCCCACAUACCUCACCUCAUCCCAUCUCCCACAUACCUCACCUCAUCCCAUCUCCCACAUACCUCACCUCAUCCCAUCUCCCACAUACCUCACCUCAUCCCAUCUCCCACAUACCUCACCUCAUCCCAUCUCCCACUUACCUCACCUCAUCCCAUCUCCCACAUACCUCACCUCAUCCCAUCUCCCACAUACCUCACCUCAUCCCAUCUCCCACAUACCUCACCUCAUCCCAUCUCCCACAUACCUCACCUCAUCCCAUCUCCCACUUACCUCACCUCAUCCCAUCUCCCACAUACCUCACCUCAUCCCAUCUCCCACAUACCUCACCUCAUCCCAUCUCCCACAUACCUCACCUCAUCCCAUCUCCCACAUACCUCACCUCAUCCCAUCUCCCACAUACCUCACCUCAUCCCAUCUCCCACUUACCUCACCUCAUCCCAUCUCCCACAUACCUCACCUCAUCCCAUCUCCCACAUACCUCACCUCAUCCCAUCUCCCACAUACCUCACCUCAUCCCAUCUCCCACAUACCUCACCUCAUCCCAUCUCCCACAUACCUCACCUCAUUCCAUCUCCCACAUACCUCACCUCAUCCCAUCUCCCACAUACCUCACCUCAUCCCAUCUCCCACAUACCUCACCUCAUCCCAUCUCCCACUUACCUCACCUCAUCCCAUCUCCCACAUACCUCACCUCAUCCCAUCUCCCACAUACCUCACCUCAUCCCAUCUCCCACAUACCUCACCUCAUCCCAUCUCCCACAUACCUCACCUCAUCCCAUCUCCCACAUACCUCACCUCAUCCCAUCUCCCACUUACCUCACCUCAUCCCAUCUCCCACAUACCUCACCUCAUCCCAUCUCCCACAUACCUCACCUCAUUCCAUCUCCCACAUACCUCACCUCAUCCCAUCUCCCACAUACCUCACCUCAUCCCAUCUCCCACAUACCUCACCUCAUCCCAUCUCCCACAUACCUCACCUCAUCCCAUCUCCCACAUACCUCACCUCAUCCCAUCUCCCACUUACCUCACCUCAUCCCAUCUCCCACAUACCUCACCUCAUCCCAUCUCCCACAUACCUCACCUCAUUCCAUCUCCCACAUACCUCACCUCAUCCCAUCUCCCACAUACCUCACCUCAUCCCAUCUCCCACAUACCUCACCUCAUCCCAUCUCCCACUUACCUCACCUCAUCCCAUCUCCCACAUACCUCACCUCAUCCCAUCUCCCACAUACCUCACCUCAUCCCAUCUCCCACAGACCUCACCUCAUCCCAUCUCCCACUUACCUCACCUCAUCCCAUCUCCCACAUACCUCACCUCAUCCCAUCUCCCACAUACCUCACCUCAUCCCAUCUCCCACAUACCUCACCUCAUCCCAUCUCCCACAUACCUCACCUCAUCCCAUCUCCCACUUACCUCACCUCAUCCCAUCUCCCACAUACCUCACCUCAUCCCAUCUCCCACAUACCUCACCUCAUCCCAUCUCCCACAUACCUCACCUCAUCCCAUCUCCCACAUACCUCACCUCAUCCCAUCUCCCACAUACCUCACCUCAUCCCAUCUCCCACAUACCUCACCUCAUCCCAUCUCCCAUAUACCUCACCUCAUUCCAUCUCCCACAUACCUCACCUCAUCCCAUCUCCCACAUACCUCACCUCAUCCCAUCUCCCACAUACCUCACCUCAUCCCAUCUCCCACUUACCUCACCUCAUCCCAUCUCCCACAUACCUCACCUCAUCCCAUCUCCCACAUACCUCACCUCAUCCCAUCUCCCACAUACCUCACCUCAUCCCAUCUCCCACAUACCUCACCUCAUCCCAUCUCCCACAUACCUCACCUCAUCCCAUCUCCCACUUACCUCACCUCAUCCCAUCUCCCACAUACCUCACCUCAUCCCAUCUCCCACAUACCUCACCUCAUUCCAUCUCCCACAUACCUCACCUCAUCCCAUCUCCCACAUACCUCACCUCAUCCCAUCUCCCACAUACCUCACCUCAUCCCAUCUCCCACAUACCUCACCUCAUCCCAUCUCCCACAUACCUCACCUCAUCCCAUCUCCCACUUACCUCACCUCAUCCCAUCUCCCACAUACCUCACCUCAUCCCAUCUCCCACAUACCUCACCUCAUUCCAUCUCCCACAUACCUCACCUCAUCCCAUCUCCCACAUACCUCACCUCAUCCCAUCUCCCACAUACCUCACCUCAUCCCAUCUCCCACUUACCUCACCUCAUCCCAUCUCCCACAUACCUCACCUCAUCCCAUCUCCCACAUACCUCACCUCAUCCCAUCUCCCACAUACCUCACCUCAUCCCAUCUCCCACUUACCUCACCUCAUCCCAUCUCCCACAUACCUCACCUCAUCCCAUCUCCCACAUACCUCACCUCAUCCCAUCUCCCACAUACCUCACCUCAUCCCAUCUCCCACAUACCUCACCUCAUCCCAUCUCCCACAUACCUCACCUCAUCCCAUCUCCCACAUACCUCACCUCAUCCCAUCUCCCACAUACCUCACCUCAUCCCAUCUCCCACAUACCUCACCUCAUCCCAUCUCCCACUUACCUCACCUCAUCCCAUCUCCCACAUACCUCACCGCAUCCCAUCUCCCACUUACCUCACCUCAUCCCAUCUCCCACAUACCUCACCUCAUCCCAUCUCCCACAUACCUCACCUCAUCCCAUCUCCCAUAUACCUCACCUCAUUCCAUCUCCCACAUACCUCACCUCAUCCCAUCUCCCACAUACCUCACCUCAUCCCAUCUCCCACAUACCUCACCUCAUCCCAUCUCCCACUUACCUCACCUCAUCCCAUCUCCCACAUACCUCACCUCAUCCCAUCUCCCACAUACCUCACCUCAUCCCAUCUCCCACAUACCUCACCUCAUCCCAUCUCCCACUUACCUCACCUCAUCCCAUCUCCCACAUACCUCACCUCAUCCCAUCUCCCACAUACCUCUCCUCAUCCCAUCUCCCACUUAUAA